CACAGCACCUCUCGCAACCCCUUCCAUUCUUCCAAGAUAAAACCGAACAAGCCAAAAAGCAAGCCACAACACAAGACCUGAUCAUUUCUUCCCCUUCUCCGUGGACCAGGGGAAGAAUCCGACCAUGGCAGACACAGCGCCAGAGUGUUGCACCGACGCCGAUGGCUCCACCUCGGACGCCGCGGACGACUUCGAGUUCUGCAUCCUGGCGUCCGGCGGCCUCGUCCCGGCCGGCGGGGGCGCGGAGACGGAUAUGUGCGUGGCCGACGAGCUCUUCGCCAACGGAAAGUUGCUCCCGCUCCGGCCCUCCUCGGCCGCGGCCGCCGAUGGCGCCAGCGUUGUCACGCUUCCGCGGUCGGAGUCGGCGGCGUCCACCGCGGGCUUCGGGUCGCGAUCCGAAAGCCGCAGCGCGAGCUCCAGCAGUAGCAGCAGCGGGUGCGUCAGCCGCAGCCAGUCGUCCAAGAACGCCUCCUCCGACCACGGCGCCCCCGCGCCGCCGCGGCGGUCGCUGUCGAGCAGCCUGUUCUACACGCACCCGAGCCCGUCGCCGCAGCUGCGCUCGGCGCGGCCGCGACGCAGCACCGGGUCCGCGCUGCCGCCCGCCACGUGGGGCAUCUUACGCCUCGGCGUCGUCGGCGCCCGGGACGUGUACCCGCCGCCGCGCCCCGCCGAGGCCAAGAACGCCGCCGCGGCGAGGGUAGGGGGUGGUAGCACGAGCGCGAGGUUCGGGCAUGUGAGCGCCGCCAUGGACAAGAAGCUUGGGUUAGGGGGGCUGUUUGGGGACAGCCUCGGGUGCAAGUGCUCGCCCGAUGCCAUCGAGCCCGUACGCUUGCCGGAGGCGGCGAAGCGGAGCAGGAAGAAGGACGGCGCGAAGAGCGGCCAGGGCGUUGGUCGCAGUAGGAUCCUGGACUGGCUUCAAGAGCUCUCCAUUACCAAGGACAAGAAGUAAUGCCGCGUAAAGAUCGUGCCUUUCUCCUCUGAGCUGCUUUGAUCAAGGAGAUUUUUUUUUUCGGUUUUAGAUUUUUCUCGUCUGACUAAGUGACUAGCGAGCAGUGCACCGAUUGUAUGCAAAAGAAUUAACGAGCAAUGCUCAAUUGCUCAUAACUUCCAUUUGUACAAACUAAAUGCUAUGGAGUAUGAACAUUGUUAUCGUUUA